AGUAAUCAACAGAUAAUUGUAGAAAUCAACUUAAUCAAGCAAUAAUAUGAUUUUCUAUUUGUGACGUCAUUAAUAGAAUAAAACUUUAGAAACUGUUGUAAUGCAUUAAAAACAUACUCUGUUCAUACAUACGUGGAUGACAGGUACAUAAAAAUUUCUCAUGUCGUAGCAAUGCAAAAAGACAUGUAUUAAUAACAGAAAUUUUUGCUAGGUAUUUCAAGAAUUGCAUUUAUUCUUUCAAGACUAUUUUAUCUGUUACAGAAAUUCCACGAGCUCAAUGGAUGCGAGAUCCAGUGAGAGUGAUGAAAAGAAAACCAAGUCAGCAUUCUUCAGGCUAAUAACUUCUAUAAUAUUCUUCGUGUCACUGUCUAUGUGUGUAUAUCAAACGUACCUUCUUGUCCUUCACUACCUAAGUGAUCCCAUUGAAACUCAGAUAAAAGUAACGAUGCACACCACUUUACGGUUUCCUGCAGUAACAAUAUGCAACAUUAAUCCAGUGAGAAGAUCACGAUGGGAAAAAAGACAGACAAAAAAUGAAAGCGUAUCCCCAAACUUAACAUCUUUCAUGCAAGUGCCGCAAAAACUCUAUCGUUCAGCCGGUGGUACUAAUUUUGGAAAUUUAUUGAAGCGGAAAAAAAGAUCACUUGCAAAUCAAGCCCAGAUCGAUAAGCUAAGGCAAGAAUUAAAUCAAAGGAUUGAUACACUUGAUAAAACUUUAAGCAAACAUAUAAAUGAUACGUCCCUGCAAAAAAAGGAAGCUGGCUUUGAACUGUCAGAAUCAGAAGAAUUCAUCGCUCAUGUAAACAGAAGCAAUACAACCAAUAAAGAAAUGGAAAAGCGACUAAACGAUUUUGAAAAACGACUAAAAAUCACUGAGUUGACAACUAUUGACAUAACAAAGCAAAUAUCCGAGACACGUGGCUACUUGAAUCAAUUAAAAGCAAAUAUUAGUAAAGUGGGAAAAGAACCAGAGAAAAAUGAUACGACAGAUGAUAUACAGAAGGAUGACAAGAAAAAAUUACCACCAAGAAAUCGGUGA